AUGAACCCCCUGACAAAGGUGAAGCUGAUCAACGAACUCAACGAGCGAGAAGCUAACCUGGGGAUCAACGAGAAGGCUUCGUGGCAUAGCGAGUACAAGGACAGCGCCUGGGUCUUCAUAGGAGGUUUCCCGUACGAGCUGAGCGAAGGCGACAUCAUCUGCGUCUUUUCGCAGUACGGCGAGGUCGUCAACAUCAACCUGGUGCGCGACAAGAAGACGGGCAAGUCCAAAGGCUUCUGCUUCCUGUGCUACGAGGACCAGAGGAGCACUAUUUUGGCGGUGGACAACUUCAACGGCAUCAAGAUCAAAGGACGCACCAUCCGCGUGGACCACGUCCGAGACUACCGCCCGCCCAAGGACCACGAAGACAUCGACGACGUGACCAGGCGCCUCAGAGAGGAAGGAUGCGCUCCCUCCGUCGACCGCGCGGCGUCUCCGUCCUCUUCCUCGCCCGACGACGACGAUGCGGUCCCUGUCGCCAAGAAGAGCAAGAAAGAUAAGAAAGAGAAGAAGAAAAAGAAGGAGAAAAAGAAAGAAAAGAAGAAAGAGAGGCGAGAGUCACCACCUCCUCCUCCUGUCGCAUCCGUGAGAGUGAAAGAGGAGAAGGAGGACGCCGCCUACGACAAGUACGACCAGAGGAGGGCGCCGGUCAAGGAAGACAGAGGAAGAGGAGAUACCCAGAGAAGACGAGGAGAUGAUGAAAGAAGACGGGAUGAGGAGAUUAGACGAAAAGACGGCGAGAGAAGACGAGAUGAGGAGAGAAAACCCAGCGAGUGGGAGAGGCGCAGAAGGUGA